UCAAUUGUGAUGUUUAUUCUCCAUAGUUGUAGCUGCAGCGGUUGCAGUGUUUCUUUUUGAUGAUUAAGCUAGUGCACUACAGUGUGCUUUGCACGUUUCCGUCUGAACUUUGACGUUCAGCGCUGCGGCGAUGUCGUUCGUGGGCGACCCUCGAGGACGGAGCGGCAGCUGCACGUUUUACGGCGGCUUCGAAUACAAGAAUCGAAGUGGUCCUGCCACCCUCUCUGUGGGCCAGUUUGUAUACGUUCGGAUUUCGCCCAACGACGACCCUUGCAUCGCCGAAUUGCAGCUUUUGUGGAAAGACCACCAGCACAGUGCACAGUUGGCCAGUGUUCAGCUCUAUUUCUUGCCCGAACAGACUCCUGACGGCAGGUUACCCCACCAGGGCCAGCAUGAAGUGCUGGCAGCCUCGGAAAAGGCAGUGCUGCGUCUGGAAGACUUUGUGGGCUGCAUCACGGAUGAAGUGGAGUGGAGCCACGGCCUGCUGGCAGGCCCACCAUCUGAGGGCACAUCAUCCCCAGGCGUGGUGGUUUUGUCAUAUCCGCGCUACUGCCGUUACCGAGCACUGCUCAAGCGCCUUGAAGGCCACUGGCCCCCUGAGGGCAGCCUUGCCCUGCUCCUUGGAGCUGACCAGUUGCUGCCACGGGGUGGUGGUGCCUGCCGCCUGCUCUUCUGCCGUGACACCUUCGAUCACGAGGCACUCGCACACAAUGACCUCAUCUGUGAUCAUUUGGCUCCAGUGGAGAGGGGCCGUCAACGAAAGCGCAUCCGCAAGGCUAACUCUGGAUCCGAAUCCUCUGAAGAAGGAAGCUCGGAGGUGACAGCUGCUCCCAGUACACCAUCAAAACCUUCAGUGCAUCAUGGCAAAACAGCCCAAGAGAAAACUGCAGAUGUCAAGUUAGAGAAAGUGAAGUCAGAAAAGAUGUCACUGGACAGCAUCCCAGAAGACAAGCCUCCUAAAGAAAAAACUGCGCAGGACAAAGUGCCUCAUGACAGAAUGCCUCAGGGUAGGACGUCACAAGACUUGUUGCCUGACACAGUGUCACAAGAGAGGAAGCCACAUGACAAAAUACUUCUGGACAAAACACGAAAUGGUGCCGACGAGUUUCUACGGCGCCUCUUUCAGUUCAUGAAGGAACGCAACACCCCCAUUCAACGUGUGCCUCAUCUUGGGUUCAAACAGAUUGACCUCUACCAUUUCUACCAGUUUUCUCAGCGACUUGGUGGUUAUGAAAAGAUAACGGGGCGCAAGCAGUGGAAGCAAGUCUACGACCAACUGGGGGGUGACCCAAGCAGCACAAGUGCAGCGACCUGUACCCGUCGUCAUUAUGAAAGACUGCUGCUGCCGUUCGAGCUGCACCUGCGUGGCGAGGAUCGGCCACCAUGCUGGCGGUUGGAUGAGGCGCCCUCAGACUGCCAGGUGCUGGACCUGAGCAUGCGACGUGAGGCACCCACGCCACCCCAGUGCCUCGACCUGCGUGUUCACCGGCGGGGCGAUGAGAACUGUGGUGCGCUGCAGGGCAGCCCGCUCUACUCCGUGUACCGCCUUGAAGAUGCGUGGUAGCCUACCAGUGCAACAUCGCCUGUUAAAGGCCCCUUCACUCCCCUCCCGUCCCACCCCACCGCCACAAAAACAGAUGCAACGAUGGCACAUCCCAACAAGCCUCAGGGGGCACAGAUAUGCCAUGCUUUCUAAAUAAAUGGUUUUUCUGCACAUCA